AUGAAUCUAAAUUGCUUGACAUGCCGAAUUUUGAGGAGGACGGAUUCGGACGACGAAGAAAGAGGAAGAUUUAAUAAUGUUGACUACAAUAAUCAAGAACUGUCAAAUUUUAACUUGUGUUUGGCUAGAGUUGAGAGGAGUUGGUCAGGGAACUUGGCACCUAAUUCUGGCUAUGACAAUAUGAUGACUCGAGCAUCGAAUGACGGUGCUCACCGGCGUCAAAACAACAGUGGUCCCAUGGAGUUUCCAAGUGUCACACCGAGGCUACAAAGGAGCCCUGGGUUGAGAAGGGAUUGGAGUUUUGAGAAUCUCUGUAGGCAGAUGAAGGAGGGUUGA